AAAUAAACCAUACUGAGUAUCCAACACCUUUAUAAUGAUGGUUUAUCUAUAAUAUUAAGGAGGGUUCAUUGAUAACGACGUAGUGAAAGACUGCAAAUAAAUUGUUGGAUUGUUGUGAGUGGGGUUAUAAUGUGUUACCACAGAUAAGAAUUGUUUUGUGAGUUAACUUAAAUAACAAAUGGCUCCUACAGCUAAAGAAAUAAGAGAAAGGUAUAUUCAAUUUUUCAUUGAUAAAAAAAGUCAUGAAUAUAUUCAUUCUUCAUCUGUUGUGCCAUUGGAUGACCCUACAUUAUUAUUUGCUAAUGCUGGAAUGAACCAAUUCAAACCUAUAUUUUUAGGCACAGUUGAUCCUUCAUCAGACAUGGCAAAAUGGUUACGAGUAGUCAAUACUCAAAAAUGUAUACGUGCUGGUGGAAAACAUAAUGAUUUAGAUGAUGUUGGUAAAGAUGUUUACCAUCAUACAUUUUUUGAGAUGCUUGGAAAUUGGUCUUUUGGUGAUUAUUUUAAGACAGAAAUAUGUCAAUGGGCUUGGGAGUUUUUAACUCAAGAAUUUAAACUAUCUCCAGAUCGGUUAUAUGUAACUUAUUUUGGUGGCGAUAAGAAAGCUGAACUUGAACCUGACUUGGAGUGUAAAAAUAUUUGGCUUAAUUUAGGGUUACCAGAAAGUCAUAUAAUUCCAGGUAAUAUGAAAGAUAACUUUUGGGAAAUGGGAGAGACUGGUCCUUGUGGUCCUUGUUCAGAAAUACAUUAUGAUCGUAUUGGAAAUAGAUUGGCUGCUGAUUUAGUUAAUCAAGAUGACCCUGAUGUUUUAGAAAUUUGGAAUCUUGUAUUUAUGCAAUUUAAUCGUGAAAAAGAUGGAACAUUAAAAAAUUUACCCAAAAAGCACAUUGAUUGUGGUAUGGGAUUUGAACGUCUUGUUUCAGUUAUUCAGGAUAAGCGCUCUAAUUAUGAUACUGAUAUAUUUCAGCCAUUAUUUACAGCUAUUCAGAGUGGGACUAAUGCAGCUCCUUAUGAAGGUAAAGUAGGCAUAGAGGAUAAAGAUCAGAAAGAUAUGGCUUAUAGAGUGCUUGCUGAUCAUGCCAGGACCUUAACUAUUGCAUUGUCUGAUGGAGGUCGUCCAGAUAAUACAGGUCGAGGCUAUGUGUUAAGACGUAUUCUUAGACGAGCUGUACGCUAUGCUACAGAAAAAUUAAAUGCUAAACCUGGUUUCUUUGCUUCACUUGUUCAAGUUGUUGUAGAUAUUUUGGGGGAUACAUUUCCAGAGUUAUUUAAAGAUCCACAAAUGAUAGUUGAUAUAAUUAAUGAAGAAGAAGAACAAUUUUUAAGAACAUUGUCUCGAGGUCGUAACCUUUUAAAUAGAACGAUUUCAAAACUUACUGAAAAAGUUAUUCCUGGAGAAGUUGCUUGGAAAUUAUAUGAUACUUAUGGUUUCCCAGUUGAUUUAACACAUUUAAUGGUUGAAGAAAAAGGAUUUUCUAUUGACAUGAAAGCAUAUGAGGAAGCAAAAAAAAAAGCACAGAUAAUCAGUCAAAAUAAAGCAGGUGACAACAAAGAAAUUGUUUCAUUAGAUGUUCACUCAAUUGCAGAAUUACAAAACAAAGGUGUACCAUCAACUGAUGAUUCGCCUAAGUAUAAUUAUAGAGCUGUGUCUGAUGGACCAAGUGCUGAAUAUAGUUUUGAUACCUGUUCAUCAACAAUUUUGAGCAUAAGAAAUAAUAAUGGGUUUGUUCAUGAAGUAGGUGCAUUGCAAGAAUGUGGCAUAUUAUUAGAUAAAACAUGUUUUUAUGCAGAACAAGGAGGUCAAAUAUAUGAUGAAGGAUCUGUGAUCAAAGAUGAAGACACUGAAUUUUAUGUUAAAAAUGUACAGGUUCGUGCUGGAUAUAUUUUACACAUAGGAAUUUUAGAAAGUGGGUUAUUAAAAAUUGGAGACAAAGUAACUUUGAAAAUUGAAGAAAAAAGAAGAAGACUAGUUAUGAAUAAUCAUACAGCUACACAUACUCUUAAUCAUACUCUUCGUGUUGUUUUAGGAGAGAAUUCAAAUCAAAAAGGAUCACUAGUUGCUCCUGAUAGAUUACGUUUUGAUUUCACUAACAAAUCUGCUAUGACAGUAGAUCAAGUUGCUCAAGUUGAGAAAUUAACUAAUAUUGUUAUUGAUCGUAAUGAUAUUGUAUAUGCUAAAAUAUCACCCUUAAAUGAUGCUAAAAAUAUUAAAGGAUUACGUGCCAUGUUUGAUGAAACUUAUCCAGAUCCUGUCCGAGUGGUUUCAGUUGGUGUAUCUAUUGAAAAAUUACUCUCAGAACCACAAGGAUCAGCAGGACUAGAAACUUCUGUAGAAUUUUGUGGAGGAACUCAUUUACAUAAAACAGGGCAUAUGGAACGCUUUGUUAUAAUUACUGAAGAAGCUAUAGCUAAAGGUAUUCGUAGAAUUGUAGCUCUUACUGGCUCAGAAGCUACUAAAGCUUUCAAUAGAGGAGAAGAGUUGAAAAAACAAAUAAUGAAACUCAGCUCUAAAGACUCAAAUUUAUCAAAAUCUAUAACUGAAGCUCAAGAUAAAUUAAGUAAAUCUGUUAUACCCUAUUGGUUAAAAGAAGAAUUAAGACAUGUGUUGUCAACACUGAAAAAAGGUAUUGCUGAUGAAGAACGUAAACGUCAAGCAUUUGUUGCUGCAGAAAUUGUAGAAAAAGUAAAAGAUAAAAUUAAUUCUGAAUCAAAUAAAAAUGUGAUUGUUUGCAAAUUAGAUGCUGGAUCCAACACAAAAGCAUUAGACACUGCCAUAAAACAAAUCAAAACUAACAUGCCAGAUAUUGCUAUUAUGUUGAUUUCUGAAGAUAAAUCUUGUAAUAAAAUAUUUUGUCAUUGUGCAGUUUCUAAAGAUCUAAAUACCAAAGGACUUAAGGCAAAUGAGUGGGUAACAAAAGUUGCUGCUUCAAUUAAUGGAAGAGGUGGUGGUAAGGCAGACUCAGCUCAAGCAUCUGGUGCAAGUAUUAAAAAUGUAGAAGAACUUGUAAAAAUAGCUGAAGAAUUUGCAGGAUUAUCAUUAAGUAACUAAUGGCUAUCAUUAAAUUACUAAAUACUUAAAACAUUAUUAAAUUUGUCUAAGAUUUCAAAAGAUGUUUAUUAUUAUUUAAGUAUCUAAUUUAAUAAAUUGUUUACUACUUCUUUAAAUAAAUUAUUUUAGUUUUGCA